GACAACCAGACACCAUGUUCGGUUGUGAUCAAAGCAAGCAUCGGCAGCGAGUCGUAUGAGCCCAGAGUGACAGGGCGUUAUUUACAUGAUUAAAAUAUCCAAUAGGCCACAUUUUAUUGAAGGAAUUAUUGAAACAUAUCUUAAACAAUCAGUUCGUCAUGGAGUCCUAUGACAUUAUAGCUAACCAACCGGUUGUGAUCGAUAAUGGUUCAGGCGUUGUCAAAGCUGGCUUUGCUGGAGACCAGAUCCCCAAAUACUGCUUCCCCAACUAUGUGGGCCGUCCCAAGCAUGUGCGUGUAAUGGCAGGAGCCCUGGAGGGGGACCUCUUCAUCGGACCCAAAGCAGAGGAGCACAGAGGGUUGCUGUCAGUGAGGUAUCCCAUGGAGCACGGCAUAGUGAAGGACUGGAACGACAUGGAGAGGAUCUGGCAGUACGUCUACUCCAAGGAACAGCUGCAGACCUUCUCAGAGGAGCACCCUGUCCUGUUGACUGAAGCUCCCCUGAACCCCAGUAAGAACAGGGAGAAGGCGGCUGAGGUUUUCUUCGAGACCUUCAAUGUCCCUGCCCUCUUUAUCUCCAUGCAGGCAGUCCUCAGUCUCUAUGCGACAGGGCGCACCACGGGAGUGGUGUUAGAUGCGGGCGACGGGGUGACCCACGCGGUGCCCAUCUACGAGGGCUUUGCCAUCCCCCACUCCAUCAUGAGGGUGGACAUCGCUGGCAGGGACGUGUCCCGCUACCUCCGACUGCUGCUACGCAAGGAGGGCUACGACUUUCACACCUCCGCCGAGUUUGAGGUGGUUCGCACCAUCAAAGAGAGAGCCUGCUACCUGUCCCUGAACCCCCAGAAGGAUGAGACUCUGGAGACAGAUAAGGCCCAGUACACCCUCCCCGACGGCAGCACGCUGGAUAUUGGUCCAGCCCGUUUCCGAGCACCAGAGCUGCUGUUCAGGCCAGACUUGAUCGGAGACGAGAGCGAGGGGAUCCACGAGGUGCUGGCCUUCGCUAUCCAGAAGUCUGACAUGGACCUCCGACGCACACUCUUCUCCAACAUCGUACUGUCUGGAGGAUCCACACUGCUCAAAGGCUUCGGUGACAGGCUACUAAGCGAAGUGAAGAAGCUCGCUCCCAAAGAUGUGAAAAUCAAGAUCUCCGCCCCUCAGGAGAGGUUGUACUCCACGUGGAUUGGUGGCUCCAUCCUGGCGUCGUUGGACACCUUUAAGAAGAUGUGGGUCAGUAAGAAGGAGUAUGAGGAGGACAGAGCACGGGCCAUCCACAGGAAGACCUUCUAACACCGCGGCCCUUAAACUGCUCUCAACGUUAGCUAUCUGUCCCCAACCUUCCCUCACACUACCAUCCAAUGCUCCUGUAUCAGCCCUCAGUUGCUCCACAUUACCAAUUUGCCCCAGAUAAUUGCCCCACAUUGCCCUCCAUUACCACGCCAUACAGCCCAGUGUCUGCCCCACCCCCCGCUGGCUUCCCGCCCCUUUUUGUCCCCCAUCCCUCCAUUACCACGCCAUACAGCCCAGUGUCUGCCCCACCCCCUGCUGGCUCCCCGCCCCUUUUCGUCCCCCAUCCUCUGGCCAGGGGAGUUUCUAUAUACACCCUCCCUCAGUUCAGCAUGCCUUUUGUUGCCACCCAUCGCACCCAUAGGUGUAGGGAGAGAGCAGGGUGCCCCUUCAGGUAAACCUGUGACUCCCAUCACCUCCUCCCUCCACACACACACACACACACACCCCUCGAACCCUAAAGAUAACCCUCACACACACACACCCAGGGCUGUGUGGGCAUCUGUCAAUACUGUGGAGUAUCUGUUUUUCUGUUCUUAAGGGGGCAAUGCUAUACUCGACCCAACCCUGAAGUAUUUAUAUUACUUUCCUAUCUGCCCUGUACGAUACCUAGCAUCAUAUCAUUCAGUGACAAUGAAGGUGAAUGUUUUUUUUGUUUUUUUUCUCGAUACUGUAAGAAUUUCAUUCCAAACCGAAGAGAUUGACUUUUGCUUUUUACAAUUAUUUUUUAAUAUUUCGGUCAUCACGGUUACAAAUCACCAUGUUGAAGUCACCGUUGUUUUAGUUUCCAUUUGUUGAAUUAGUUCGUAUUGGAAUAGGUCACGCUGCUCUGUGUGGUCUGGGGUAAAGAAUACCACUGUGUUUGACAUGGGCUCAUAAAACAUUAAAGGAACUUCUCUCUCCGCCAUCCCUCCUACAGGUGUUUAACAACCAUGACUACUGGACAUGUUUAGACGGCAGCGAUGUUUAACACUUCCUUAUAUUGAUGUGGCAAAAUAGACAGUAUCUCCAUUCAGUUAGCUGUGUUUGUGAAAUGGUUUGACAACAGAGGAGUGAUGAGAUGUACCCUCCUCACUCAGUACAAAACCCAAUAUGGGGAUUUACACAUUGUGACCAUUACUAUUUCUAAUUGACCGGUUAAAGAUAUGAAAGCUGAACUUGAAUGCCUUAUAAAAAAUGUGUCUGACAAAGUUUGCAUUUAGGCCAACAUCAGAUGUGUUCCAGUUAUUAGUGCUCUGUGUUGGACAGAGAGACUGGUCUGAGAGAUGUGUACCUGGACAGGUUACAUUUUGAGGUCUUAAUUCUCCCCUAACCACUGAAGCAGGGUCAGAUUUAUUCAUCACCCAACUGGUUAACCUUCAGAUUGUUUGAUUGUUUAUCUGAUCCUAAACCUGGGUUGAACUCUAAUCUCAGUGUUAGCGGUCAAGGGAAGGCCACUGAGAUCCUCCGACAAAACAUUUUAGUUUUUCAUCUCCAAAGGCUCCAUUUAAACCAUGGUGGGGAUUAACUGUUAAAUAUGCAACUGUUAUUUUAAGUGUAUGUAUGGGAUAGAAACAUUGAGCGAUGUUUAGUUGCUAUAGACUGUAGUAAGACCAUUCUCAUAAUAAGCAUGUAGAAGCACAAGAUGGCAGAGUAUUAUCAGUUGGUUUCUACCAUCUAUUCCCCCUCAUGUACCAGUAGAAGUCUGGGUGUUAUUAUGGCUAAGCUGGGUUCCCUGCAUCUCAUUGGCAGUAAAGAGGUUGUGUCCGAACCUGUGUCCGCCUUCCUUCCGUGCCCCGACACCGGGGAAGUCCACUUUAUCUUCUGGGUGUUUUUAAAAAGGUUCUAAACUUCAUCAGCCUUGUGUACAGUGGAACACUUUUCAAAAAAAGUCAACGACUAAAGAAGAUCAUUAAAUACAGGAAUAAAAAUGUACAAUACUGUUUAUUCAAGUCUUUUACUUUUCAUUUUGUAAAUUCAGUAUAAUAAAUAAGUUAAUGACUGCUG